CUCCAUCAGUUAGGUUAUUUUUAAGCAGGCAGGAAUCUUUCUGAGAUCCUAAUGAGAGGCGCAGCCGUCCUGCAGGGUCAUAAAGACUCACUGGUUAACAAGGCGUCUCUUCACUGUCUCUCUGAGAAUCCUUGAUCUUCUUGGGUUUUUCUCUGCUGCUGAUCGCUGUGUCUGUGCUGGACGGCAUCCAGGCGGCGAGCCUCCUCACCCCUCGUCCUGCCCUGCCGCCGGGCCUCGUGGAUCUCCGGUCAGAGGAACGCCUCCUCAGUGGCUGUGACAGGGGGAAUUAGGCGAGAGAUGCGGGCCCACUUGCCCUGCCUGCGUAGGGGCUUAUCUCGGUCUAAGCUGAGGGACUAAUAGCAAAGCCUGCCUUCGCUCCAGCCGCUCUGAGGGCACAGGGAGCCAUCUGUCCACUCUGUGGAUCACUGAAAAACAAAGGGAGCAAACACCGAACUCGGACUUCAAACUAAAAGGCCAUUCAUCCCAAAGAUACCAGAACCAAAGAAGACGAGUAGGAAUUUCUCCCACUCCAAGAGUAUUCACCUGAAGUCACUGAGGAUGUCCGACAAGGAAGAGAUGACCUUGGACGGCGGCCUGAACGUCACGCUAACGCUGAGGCUGCUGAUGCAUGGAAAGGAAGUGGGCAGCAUCAUUGGAAAGAAAGGAGAAACAGUGAAGAAGAUGAGGGAAGAGAGCGGCGCUCGCAUCAACAUAUCGGAGGGUUCGUCUCCGGAGAGGAUAGUGACCAUCACUGGACCCACAGAGGGAAUCUUCAGGGCUUUCUCCAUGAUCGCACAGAAGUUUGAAGAGGAUAUCACCGCAGCCAUGACAAACAGCAACGUGACAAGCAAGCCACCUGUGACACUUCGUCUGGUUUUCCCAGGGAGCCAGUGUGGCUCGCUCAUCGGCAAGGGAGGCUCCAAGAUCAAAGAGAUCAGGGAGACCACAGGCGCUCAGGUUCAGGUGGCAGGAGACAUGCUGCCGGACUCCACAGAGAGGGCCGUCACAAUCUCCGGCACUCCACAGGCCAUCACUCAGUGUGUGAGGCACAUCUGCUCCGUCAUGCUGGAGUCUCCACCGAAAGGAGCAACUAUUCCUUACCGUCCCAAGGUCCUUCCUGCCGGAGCUCACGCUGUGUUGGCACCGCAGCACUCUGCACAAGCGUUUGCAAUUCCAGGACAGUAUGCAUUUGCACAUCAAGAUUUGACCAAGCUUCACCAGUUGGCUAUGCAGCAUAUCCCCCUCCCUUCCCUUGGGCAGAGCAACCCUACCUUUCCUGGAUUGGAUGCUUCUGCACCCACAAGUACACAGGAGCUGGCAAUACCUAAUGAUUUUAUUGGCUGCAUAAUUGGAAGACAAGGCAGCAAGAUCAAUGAGAUUCGCCAGGUCUCUGGAGCGCACAUCAAAAUUGCCAGCGCCACUGAUGGUUCAGCCAUGCGCCAAGUCACGAUCAGCGGCUCGCCGGCCAGCAUCGGCGUGGCCCAGUACCUCAUCAACGCCAGUUUAGAGAUGGCUAAAUACACCAUGCAGGUCGCGUCCUCUGCGACCCCCAUUGACCUCAACAUGAGCUUCUCUCAAACGGUCCCCACCGCCUCCAGCGCCGCCACCUCCAUGGCCGUCCUGGCCGCCUCCAGCCCGACCCCCUCCGGCAUUAACCCCUCCACCCUGCCGGCCAUCCAGAGCCCCCACUACGCCCUGCCGGUUUCCAGCCUGCUGGGGAUGAAGACGCUCCCCUUCCUGACCGUCCAUCCGGCCGCAGCUUCCAGCCUAACUCAGGGUUUGACCCCAUAUACUGCAAAAAUGUCGACAUCUGGUGCAAAAAAAUCUGACCGGCAAAAGUUUUCUCCUUAUUGAUGCCGCCUCGUUAAAUCUACAGUCAGAAGUUUACAUACACUGUUUUUGCUUACAGAUAUGUAGAUGAACCACAGCUGAUGUUUGGUUAAAUCCACCAGCAACCUUCUGGGCUCAUUCAUUUGGCAAAGAUUAACCUUUAAACUAAUGUUAACUAAUGUGGACAAUUGAUAAAAAAAAUAUUUUUUAAUCAUAUUAAUCAUUUAUGCUUAACUUUGCAAACUUGAAACAUAAAUAUACACGCUGUUGUGGUUCUUGCAGGAACGUUGCCCCUCUUUCUGCUGCACCACAACCACUUAAAAUGCAAACAAUUAUCAGAUUUUUGUUGUUUUUGCGUCAGAAAACGGGUAAUGUGGUCGACCUCUACUCAACAGCAACUAAAGAAAAUUUACUCCACAACACGCAAACAAGUAGGAGCAACAAAGUCCAAUAUCUCCUGUACUACUGUGUGCAAUGCCAUUGCAUUACUGGGUGACCUUUUGUAAUAAGUCUCCUUUUCUAAUAAAUUAUUUAAAUCUACAGCAGCGCAGUUGAGCCACUAUAGAUAGAAAAAAAAAUUACGCUAAAAGUUGUAGAAACUUUACAUGUCAAUUUUUUUGGAAAAUGUGGAAUUUUUAUUUUUAAAAGUUUAAAAUUUGCAAUAAAAAUUUUCCACAAAAACCUACUACAUUUUGACAAAGAGAAGAAAGAAAAGUUGAAUUUUUUCUAUAAAUUUUCUGAUUAAUCUAAAAAAAAUGUCUGAAUUUCUUUCUAGCUGAUUUUUGACUAUUGUUUAUCAAAAUGUUUGUUUUUUGUUGCCGAUUUCUGGAAUGAAUCUCAAAAUUACAGAUUUCUUUGCAGAAAUGACUCCAUUUUUUAUUUUUCUACCUACAGUGGUUCUCGUACGCAGUCGUAUAAAUCAGAUUCAUGUCACCAUUAGUGUAUGUAAACUUCUGAGCAACCUUCUCCUCAGUACCUUCCUGAUAAGACUUUAUUAAAAGAUGGCAGAUAUUUUAAUAUUAACAUACAGAUUUGAAAACACAGAUGCCCAUAGAUAUUUUCCAGGAGUUCCUUUUGUUUUCCAUAAACCAGGAGGAUAUUAGAGUCGGACUGAAAUGACAGGAGUAUUAAACAAGUCUUUGUUAAUUAAAAGAGUCGACUGAGGUUAUAAUAACAUCCUGAUGUCAUGUGAACAUGCAGAAUAAUUAAAAUGGGUAACUCAGGCUUUUAUUAGUAUCCCAGGGAAUAUAUAUAUUUAAUGAGCUUUAAAGGAGCACUUACUCCUGGAGAAGGAAUUUCUGUAAAGUGUGUUUCUAUCAGUGUAACUUUUAAAAAGCUAGACUAGAGGUUAUCUCUUAGAAUCAGACAGUGUGGUGCUUUGAAAGGCUGUAAACUGGUUUGUUUGUACAGUGAGUGUUUGUGUUGUUUUUAAUGAAGAUUGGCCCCGUCCUGCGUCAUGCGUGUCUUUGUUUCACUGUGGGCUCUCAUCAGCGCUAACAGGCUCGGGAGUCCUGUAGUCUCGUUGCACUGUGGCCGGCUCUGAUGGGAUUAUCGUAAAGCCACAGUGGAUUCACAGCUGAAUUCUCUUCCCAGUAAUCCUGUGGAGCAGGACUGGCCUGAAACACGUUUGCUGCUUCGGUGCGGCUUGUUGUUUGUUCUCCAGCGUGAAAACAAGGAGAACGCCUCAAAGAACUGAACUCACAUCAGCUGUUUUAAAUUAAUGUUUUAUUCAUCUUUCCGACGCGGGCAUGCACUCCAGCAAUGGCGGAUUUGUAAGAUUUGUAAAUAAAAUGACUUGGAAAUAAAUGGAACUUUUUAUGAAUGCA